GGCUACAGACCGCCAUUUUAGAUUAUCUGCUCACGCACACCUAGAAGCCUCGUGGAAAUGGAGAGCCAGCUUUGCAAGCUUUUUGUCGGUGGACUCAACGUCCAGACCACAGAUGAAGGCCUUCGCAAGCAUUUUGAACAGUUCGGAGCUCUGACCGACUGUGUGGUGGUGCAAAAUCAGCAGCUGAAGCGCUCGCGCUGCUUCGGCUUCGUGACCUACUCCACGCCAGAGGAAGCGGACGCCGCCAUGGCCGCUAGGCCUCAUGUGCUGGACGGCAACAACGUGGAGCUGAAAAGAGCAGUGGCUCGGGAAGACGCCGGAAAGCCAGAAGCCCUCGCAAAGGUCAAGAAAAUCUUUGUCGGCGGUCUUAAAGACGACAUCGAGGACCAGCAUCUCGUCGACUGCUUUUCGCAGUUCGGUGCCGUCGAGAAAGCCGAGGUGAUCACAGACAAAGAGACCGGCAAGAAGCGCGGCUUCGGCUUCGUGUACUUCGAGGACAACGACGCAGCCGAUAAGGCUGUAGUGCUCAAGUUUCACAACAUUAACGGCCACAAAGUGGAGGUGAAGAAAGCCCUGACCAAGCAGGAGAUGCAGAGCGCCGGGGGUCGUGGCGGUGGCGUUCGCGGAGGAAGAGGAGGAGGACGCGGCAUGGGAAGACCUCAAAAUGGCUACGGCGGCGGAAGAGGCGGUGGUUAUGGAGGAGGCUACGGAGGUGGCUACAGCGGCGGCUACGGCGGAGGAAACGACGGCGGGUAUGGUGGCGGCUACGGAGGUGGCUACAGUAGCGGGUAUGGGGGCGGCUACGGGGACCAAAUGGGAGGCUACGGCGGUGGCAACGGCUACAAUGACUUUGGCAGCGGCUACGGCCAGCAGGCCUCGGGCUACGGCCCCAUGAAAGAAAUGACAAAACUGAUGGAGUUUGGUAAUUCCUCAGUUUUGAGCCCAGCUGGUUGACGUGCUGAGAAAGUGGGCACAGGAAAGCUUUCAACAAGGGCAGUCUUUGGAAGAUGGUUGCUCCCACCCACAUGCAGGAUACUGUAGGAUAAUGCAGCAGUGGCCAAACCUGGUAUGCCAUCUUUGCGCAUGUUGCUGCUAUGGAGGUGAAGGACGAACAAUGUGAUGUAGGCUGGUCACACAGAGCUGCAAUGUCUGAAUAGUUUAAAUUGCCAAUCUUGAUGGACUUUCAUUGGGGUGGGGAUGUUUUGAAAAUCUACUUUUGUACUUCACAUAAUAAAAGAUGAAAAAUGUCUGAA